AUGGAAAAGAGAGACGAAGGAACUAUCGAAGAACCAUUAGAUCUCAUUAGAUUGAGUUUAGAUGAAAGAAUAUUUGUAAAGAUGAGACAAGAUAGAGAAUUAAGAGGAAAGUUACAUGCAUAUGAUCAACAUUUGAAUAUGAUUCUAUCAGAUGUUGAAGAAACAAUUAGAGUAGUUGAAAAGGAUGAAGAGACUGAUGAAGAAAUUGUAAAAAGUAUUAAAAGAAAAAUAAAGAUGUUGUUUGUAAGAGGUGAUGGUGUUAUUCUUAUUUCACCACCACUUAGAUCCAAUUAA